GCUCUGCUUCCACCCUGUUGUUCCUCUCCCUUCAGCUGCACUGGGAUCCCAUCUCCCUAGUUCUGUCCUCAUCUGUGGAGCUGUGAUCUGUAAGGUGGUGGGAGCCGCAGGCGGGACUCAGGGGGCCCAGGAAACCAGAAAUGGACUCAGUGGCCUUUGAGGAUGUUAAUGUGGAGUUCACCAUGGAGGAGUGGGCUUUCCUGGAUCCCACCCAGAAGAAACUCUACACAGAUGUGAUGCUGGAAACCUUCUGGAACCUGGCAUCAGUAGAAGAACAAUGUGAUGACCAUGACAGGGAAGAUCAGUAUGAAUAUCACGGGAGGAAUCUUAGCAGUCAUAUGGUAGAGAGACUCUGUACAAGGAAGGAUGGUCUUCAAUGCAGAGAAAACUUCAGCCCCCUUAUAAUUCAUCAAAGAGUGCAUACUGGGGAAAAACCAUAUGAAUGUAAGCUUUGUGGUAAAGUUUUCUCUUAUUCAACUUCCCUCCAAAAUCAUAAAAGAACUCAUACCGGGGAAAAACCUUAUGGUUGUAAGCAAUGUGGAAAAGCCUUCAGUUGUCCAAAGUAUUAUCGAGAGCAUCAACGGACACAAUGUGGAGAAAAGCCCUAUGAAUGUAAGCAAUGUGGGAAAGCCUUCAGUUGUCAAAAGUAUUAUCGAGAGCAUCAACGGACACAAUGUGGAGAAAAGCCCUAUGAAUGUAAGCAAUGUGGGAAAGCUUUAGGAUAUUCCACUGCUCUUCGAAAUCAUGAAAGAAUGCAUACUGGGGAGAAACCCUAUAAGUGUAAGCAAUGUGGGAAAGCCUUCCAUUGUAGCAACUCUCUUCGAAAACAUAAACGAUGUCAUGACAGAAAGAAGCCUCAUGAAUGUAAGGAAUGUGGGAAAACAUUCCAUCAUCCCUGUUCCCUUAGAAAUCAUGAAAGAACUCAUACUGGGGAAAAACCCUAUGAAUGUAAGCAUUGUGGCAAAGCUUUCUAUUUUCUAUCUGCCCUCCAACAUCAUGAAAGAACCCAUACUGGGGAAAAACCCUAUAAAUGUAAGGUUUGUGGUAAAGGUUUCUAUUAUUCAACUUCCCUUCAUUAUCAUGAAAGAAUGCAUACUGGGGAAAAACCCUAUCAAUGUAAGGAAUGUGGGAAAGCCUUCAUUUCUCCCAGUGGCCUCCGACGUCAUGAAAGAAUUCAUACUGGGGAAAAACCCUAUAAGUGUAAGCAAUGUGGCAAAACUUUCUCUAAUUUAACUUCCCUCCAACGUCAUGAAAGAACUCAUACCUUGGAAAAACCCUAUGAAUGUCAGCAAUGUGGUAGAACUUUUAGUUUUUCCAAAUCUCUUAAAAAUCAUGAAAAAAUGCAUACUGUGGAGAAACUCUAUGAAUGUAAGCAAUGUGGGAAAGCUUUCAGACAUUCCAAAUAUCUUAGAAAUCAUGAAAAAAUUCAUACUGUGGAGAAACCAUAUGAAUGUAAGCAAUGUGGGAAAGCUUUCAGACAUUCCAAAUACCUUAGAAAUCAUGAAAAAAUUCAUACUGUGGAGAAACCUUAUGAAUGUAAGCAAUGUGGGAAAGCUUUCAGAUGUCCUACAUAUUUUAGAAAUCACAAAAGAAAUCAUGACGGAAAGAAGCCUCAUGAAUGUAAGGAAUGUGGUAAAACAUUCCUUUAUCCCUCCUUCCUUAGAAUUCAUGAAAGAAUGCAUACUGGGGAAAAACCCUAUGAAUGUAACCAUUGUGGUAAAGCAUUCUCUUAUCCAAGUAACCUCCGAUGUCAUGAAAGAACUCAUAAUAAGGAAAAACCGUAUGAAUGUAAGCAAUGUGGGAAAGGCUUUAUUCAUCCCAGUUUCCUUGAAAUUCACCUAAACACUCAUAAUGGAGAGAAAUCAUAAUGAAUAAAAGAACUCACACUGAAAAUAAGCCGUAUCCUGUAAAGAUUGUAGAAAAGCCUUUGACAAACCCAGUUCUUUUUUUUUCUUUAUCCUCACCUGCAGGUAUUUUUCCAUUGAGAGAGUGGAAGUCAGAAAGGCAGAGAGCAAUAUUGAUGUGAGAGAAACAUGAAUUGGUUGCCUCCUGCAAAUGCCCAGACAUGAAAGCACACACAGUGGAGAAAGGCUCUAUGAAUGUGGUAAAGCUUUCAGAUUCUCCAAGUCUCUUAGAAAGCAUGGAAGAACACAUACC